ACUUGACAUUGUUAUUUGUGAACAAUUUGUGCUUUGCUUAGGGUUAGAUAGUGUUUUCUUUUUCUUUAGAUCUUUGUUUUGUUGAUUUUCUUAUCUUUGUAGUGCCUUUGUAAUGUUAUAUUAAGUAAUCUAAUGCUGUAUUAAUGUUGAUUUAGUAUUGCUUUGUUAGAUUUUUGAUUUGUGAUAUGUACCUUUUUUGUUAUCUCAGUUUUGUACAAUUAGGGGUUUGAUGUGAAGUAUGCUUUAAUUAUUUUGAACUUUUUUGUUUCUUCCUUUUUUGGUCCUUUAUGUUGAUUGUACUUCAAUCUAUUAUGGUUUGCUUCAAGCUGGUGGCGGCAUUUGAUUCUCUCUGAAUAGUCUCUUGUUUCAAAUGCAAGCUUUGUGCCAUUUGAUGCUUUCUUCAAAGCUAUAGUCAUAUCAUUUUGCUUUUCCUUAGCGUACUUCUUUAGAUCUUCGCUCAUUGCUUCAGUUAGAUUCAUUUCUCGGAACUUCAUUUGCGUUUGAAGUAAUCUGUUCAAUUAUGGUAAUCAUGUUUGAUUGUUGAUGCUAGUUAGAUUACAUACUUUGUUCUUUGUGGUAUCAUCAUCAUCAUCAUCAUCAUCAUCAUCAUCAGGGUCCUUGUAAAGGAUUUAUUUAUUUAUUUAUUUUUUAUAUAUAUUUAUUUUAUAAGAAGUUGUAGAGGAUGUGAUUGAUUUCAUCGUCAGUUAUGGUAGUCUGUGCUUGUAAUAAUCAUCCAAUUUGGUUCACAUUGUAGGAAAUGACACCUGCUGUAAUUGAGGGAAAUGAUCAAGUCACUGGUCACAUUAUUUCCACUACAAUUGGUGGAAAAAAUGGCGAGCCUAAACGGACCAUUAGUUACAUGGCUGAGCGUGUAGUGGGUACUGGAUCCUUUGGAAUUGUUUUUCAGGCAAAAUGCUUGGAAACUGGAGAAACUAUGGCCAUAAAAAAGGUCUUGCAGGACAGGCGGUACAAAAAUCGUUUGGUUUUUUAUUUUUCUUAUUUUUUCUUUUUUUCCUUGGAUCUGAUAGUGGGUGUUUUGGUUCACUUCUUAUUUUUUGUAUUAAAUGGGGGAGUGGUGAGAGAGAGAGGAGGGUAAUGUUAUUUUGUGGCUUUGUAUAUAAGGUAGUAAUUUUUUGAUUGAGAAUUGUGAAUUCAAUUUUUAAAUAUG